GCGGAGCUGCUGUCCCUGGGGCUCCGCGGGACAGGCCAGCAGUACCCCGAGUCUGACCAUAAAAUAUGAUUCUUUGCCUGCUGCACCACACUCCCUAAGUACUUCUUUUGCCAUUUGGUCACUUGGCUUCAACUACAAUGCAACAAGCUUUGGAAGUGGCAUUGGAUCGUGCUGAGUAUAUCAUUGAAAGUGCCCAUCAGAGACCUCCCAAAAGAAAAUAUUUAUCCAAUGGAAGAAAAUCUGUGUCUCAAAAACUCUAUGAUUUAUAUACAGAAGAAUGUGAAAAAGAACCCGAGAUAAAGCAGAAGCUGAGGAGAAAUGUGAAUUUACUUGAGAAGCUGGUUAUGCAGGAGACGUUGUCAUGUUUGGUAGUGAACCUCUAUCCGGGAAAUGAGGGUUAUUCACUUAUGCUCAGGGGAAAAAAUGGUUCAGAUUCUGAGACCAUUCGUCUGCCUUAUGAGGAGGGAGAGCUGCUUGAAUAUUUGAACGCCGAGGAACUGCCACCUAUUUUGGUUGAUCUUUUGGAAAAAUCUCAGGUUAAUAUUUUUCAUUGUGGAUGUGUCAUAGCAGAAAUACGUGACUGUAGGCAGUCUGGUACCAUGAAAUCUCCAAUAUACCAAAGCAAGCAUGUUCUUUUGCGUCCUACAAUGCAGACUUUAAUUUGUGAUGUUCAUUCUAUAACAGGUGACAACCACAAAUGGACACAGGAGGACAAACUCCUACUUGAGAGCCAACUUAUUUUGGCUACAGCAGAGCCUUUGUGUCUUGAUCCUUCAAUAGCAGUGAUGUGUACUACAAACAGACUCCUGUACAACAAGCAGAAGAUGAACACUCGCCCCAUGAAACGGUGCUUCAAAAGGUACUCAAGGUCCUCUCUGAACAGACAGCAGGAAGUAGCUCACUUCUCAACUCCACCUCAGCUCAGACUACUUGACUACUUACAGAAAAGGAAGGAGAGGAAAGCAGCCCAGCAGUAUGACCUCAAAAUUUCUAAAGCUGGAAACUGCGUAGAUAUGUGGAAACAGAACCCUUGCUACUUGACUGUCCCUUCUGAAGUAGAUGUGGAAAAAUAUGCCAAAGUGGAAAAGUCUACCAAGCCUGAUGACUCACAACCAACUGUCUGGCCAGCACAUGAAAUAAAAGAUGAUUAUGUAUUCGAAUGUGAAGCUGGUAAUCAGCUUCAAAAAACAAAGCUGACCAUUUUCCAGUCUCUUGGCAAUCCCUUGUACUAUGGUAAAAUUCAGACACUCAAAGGUGAUGAGGAAAAUGACAACCCGUUUACUCCAUCACAGUUCCUUAUUGGUUCGAAGACUGAUGCUGAAAGGGUGGUGAACCAGUAUCAGGAGUUGGUACAAAGUGAAGCCAAAUGUCCUGUGAAAAUAUUUCAUAAUUCAAGUGGAUCAGUCAAUCUUAGUCAUCUUUCUCCAGGGAAGGAAAUGGAACCAGAAAGUAUAUCAGGCUCUGUUCAGUCUUCAGUGCUGGGGAAAGGUGUAAAACACCGACCUCCUCCUAUCAAAUUACCUUCAAGUUCAGGAAGUAGCUCUUCAGGUAAUAUUUUUAGUUCACAACAGUCAAGUGGCCAUCUAAAAUCCCCAACUCCUCCUCCUCCUUCUAAGCCUCCUGGUCUAUCUCGGAAACAAUCUAUGGAUCUUAAUCAAGUUAGCAUGCUCUCUCCACCUGCCUUGUCUCCUGUGAGCUCUUCACAAAGAACAACCUCCACCCCGGUCAUGGAAAACCCUACAGGACUUAACUUCAUCAAUGUAGUGGGCUCAGUGUGUGGAGCACAGUCACUGAUGAGUGGUUCAAACCCUAUGCUGGGGUGCAGCACUGGUGCCAUAGCCCCUGCAGGUAUAAAUCUGAGUGGCAUUUUACCGUCAGGAGGUCUGGUACCAAGUGCACUGCCCGCUGCAAUGCAGUCUGCCCCUCAAGCAGGUCAGUGUGACUCAGUUGAAAAGCCACCCUUCAGAUAG